CAUAAGCACCAAUUCUGCAUUGAUUGAAUUGCUCGCUCAUUCUGCAAAUUUCAUUGAACAAAUUAACAAGAGAAAAUGAGGGAGUGCAUUUCCAUUCACAUUGGCCAGGCCGGUAUUCAGGUCGGCAAUGCUUGCUGGGAACUUUACUGCCUCGAACAUGGCAUUCAGCCUGAUGGGCAGAUGCCAAGUGAUAAGACUAUCGGGGGAGGCGAUGAUGCCUUCAAUACAUUUUUCAGCGAAACCAGUUCAGGGAAGCACGUUCCUCGUGCCGUUUUUGUUGAUCUUGAGCCCACUGUUAUUGAUGAAGUGAGAACUGGAGCAUAUCGUCAGUUAUUUCACCCUGAACAAUUGAUCAGUGGCAAAGAAGAUGCUGCCAACAACUUUGCCCGAGGCCACUAUACAAUUGGAAGGGAGAUAGUUGAUCUUUGCUUGGAUCGUAUCAGAAAGCUCGCAGACAACUGCACUGGUCUGCAGGGUUUUCUGGUCUUUAAUGCCGUUGGAGGAGGCACUGGUUCUGGUUUGGGUUCACUUCUGUUAGAACGCUUGUCAGUGGACUAUGGAAAAAAAUCCAAGCUUGGCUUUACUGUGUAUCCCUCUCCUCAGGUUUCAACCUCUGUGGUGGAGCCAUACAAUAGUGUUCUCUCAACCCACUCCCUCCUUGAGCACACAGAUGUUUCUAUCUUGCUUGAUAAUGAGGCAAUUUAUGACAUUUGUCGUCGCUCCCUUGACAUUGAACGCCCCACCUAUACCAACUUGAACCGACUCGUCUCUCAGGUGAUCUCAUCCCUGACUGCUUCUUUACGGUUUGAUGGAGCGUUGAAUGUUGAUGUGAAUGAAUUUCAGACUAACCUGGUCCCAUACCCAAGGAUCCACUUCAUGCUUUCAUCUUAUGCCCCGGUUAUAUCAGCUGAGAAGGCUCACCACGAACAACAUUCCGUGGCAGAAAUCACCACUACUGCUUUUGAACCAGCUUCUAUGAUGGCUAAGUGUGAUCCACGUCGUGGCAAGUACAUGGCUUGUUGCCUGAUGUAUCGAGGGGAUGUGGUGCCCAAGGACGUGAAUGCUGCUGUAUCCAUUAUUAAAACCAAGCGUAGCAUUCAGUUUGUUGAUUGGUGUCCCACAGGCUUUAAGUGUGGUAUCAAUUACCAGACUCCAACUGUUGUUCCCGGAGGCGAUUUGGCCAAGGUACAGAGAGCAGUGUGUAUGAUAUCCAAUUCCACUAGUGUUGCAGAGGUUUUCUCAAGAAUCGACCACAAGUUCGAUCUAAUGUAUGCUAAGAGAGCCUUUGUUCAUUGGUAUGUUGGUGAAGGCAUGGAGGAAGGUGAAUUUUCUGAAGCACGUGAGGAUCUUGCUUCACUUGAGAAAGAUUAUGAGGAGGUGGGUGCUGAGUUUGGGCAGGGUGAAGAGGGUAGUGAAGGAGAAGAGUACUGAUUGAGAGGAAAGAGUAUGUGUGAUUGAUCAUUAGCAUUGUGAAAUGAUAUCUUAACUUUGUACAUGUACUUUAUCACUGCUAAAACUUUUCCUGGUUUAAUAUAUGGCAUCUUUUGAAUUAGUA